AGCCCAGCGCACGUCGCCAGUGCGCACGCGCACGAGCUGCCGGGGCAAGAGAGCAGCGGUCCCCCCGCAGGCUUGGCCGCCAGCUCCCGCCCUCUGCCAGCUCCCACGGCUCCUCCCUCCUCCCGACCUUCUCCCCGGACGGCCGCGCGGGAGGGAGGCCGAGAUGGCAGAUGAGAUCGCUAAGGCUCAGGCCGCCCGGCCUGGUGGCGACACGAUCUUCGGGAAGAUCAUUCGCAAGGAAAUCCCAGCCAAAAUCAUUUAUGAGGAUGACCAGUGUCUUGCUUUCCAUGACGUUUCCCCUCAAGCACCAACACAUUUUCUGGUGAUACCCAAGAAACAUAUAUCCCAGAUUUCUGCAGCAGAAGAUGACGAUGAAGGUCUUCUUGGACAUUUAAUGAUUGUUGGCAAGAAAUGUGCUGCUGAUCUGGGCCUGAAGAAGGGUUAUCGAAUGGUGGUGAAUGAAGGUUCAGAUGGGGGACAGUCUGUGUAUCAUGUUCAUCUCCAUGUUCUUGGAGGUCGGCAGAUGAAUUGGCCUCCUGGUUAAGUGUGUUGUAGGGAUCAUUUUCCCUUCUCUAUGCAGUGAUCAGAUCUGCAAGUUCCAAUAUGCAAAACAAUACUUUUUUUUGCCUGUGUAUGGAGAGAUUGCAGAAAUAAUUUAAAAAACCCAUACGUAAUAAAAGGCAUUGUUGCAUGGUCUGAA